CUGACGUCGUCUCGCAUUCGCAGCGAUCGGACGAUCGUCUCUGUAGCUGUGCUUGUCGGCGCCUGACUCGCCUACGAAUAUCGUCCGCGGCAGUGGCUCUGAUAACGGGACGAUGGCGUCUGCGGUAGCUGCUAGAGGCCGGCGGGGUAGCAUUCAGUGAGUGCCCGUGGUGUGUGCGCCGCUGUUCGCAGAGGGUCUUAAAAUCCUACGAGUGUGCGGUGCGAGUCUGCGUCGGUGCGCGACCGCCACCAUGAUAUUCAGCUCGGCCGACAUCCUGAGCCAGCAGCAGCUGAAGCGGCUCUCCGAGCACAAGUACAGCUGCUCGGGCUCCUCGUUCGCGGACCCUUUCAUGCAACCCUUCUGGAACUGGGUGACCAGCAAGUGCCCGCUCUGGCUGGCGCCGAACCUCAUGACGCUCUCGGGACUGUUCGUCAACAUUGCCACAUCGCUCGUACUCGUGUGGUACAGCCCGACGGCCACGCAGGAGGUUCCACGGUGGGCAUUCCUGCUGUGUGCGCUCGGCCUCUUUGUCUACCAGACGCUCGAUGCCUGCGACGGGAAGCAGGCGCGGCGCACGGGCACCAACUCUCCCCUGGGGGAGCUCUUCGACCAUGGCUGCGACUCCAUAUCGACGGUGUUCGUAGCCCUGGCGGUGUGCAUAGCUGUGAAGUUGGGUUCGUACCCGGGCUGGAUGUUCUUCCAGUGCUUUGUGGCCAUCACCCUGUUCUACUGCGCCCACUGGCAGACCUACGUGUCGGGGACGCUGCGCUUCGGAAAGUUUGAUGUGACGGAAGCGCAGUUCUCGGUGAUGAUGAUUCACAUCAUCUCUGCCCUCUUUGGCCCCGACAUUUGGGCAACCAAGCUGCCGCUGUUCAAUGUGGAGCUGCGGCUACUGCCCGUGGCGACGGCGCUGUCCGUCUCUGCCAUCAUGUGGUAUGCAGACAUUAUGGUCAUUCUCUCGGGCGGCGUGGGCAAAAACGGCUCGACCGUGGCCGGCACGAGCGUUCUGUCUCCGAGCAUCCCCAUUGCACUGGUGGUGGUUCCAGCGUUCAUCAUCUACCAGAAGUCGAGCACCAGCAUCUACGAGAACCACCCGUGCUUGUACAUCAUCGCCUUUGGCAUGGUUGCUGCCAAGGUCACAAACAGGCUCGUGGUGGCGCACAUGUGCCGUAGUGAGAUGGACUACAUGGACUCUGCGCUGCUGGGUCCCGGCAUGCUGUUCCUCAACCAGUACUUCAACACCUUCAUCAACGAGUACAUCAUCCUGCUCGUCUGCCUAGUGUACUCGGUGGCGGACCUUCUGCACUACUCGGUGAUAGUGUGCAACCAGAUCUGCGCCCACCUGCAGAUCCCGCUGCUGCGGAUUGUGCCCAGGUACGCCGUGGGCGCCUCCCCUGCCUCUGCAUCAGUCACCUCCGACAAGGUGUCGGCCACCCAGUCACAGGCCGGUCAGUGACAUAUGUGCGAUGCAGAGGAGGCCUGCGCCCUGCUAACGCCCGAGGAGCCUCCACCGUACCACGAGUCGCUAAUGGAGCUGGACUGCGACACAGUCCAUGCCUGAACCAACGAGGAGGAGUGCUCCUCCCACAGGACUGAAUGACAAGCAGAGGGCAGCCAAAAACAGACGUCUGCAUCACAAACAUGUGCACUACAGACGCUGUCUCUCUUUUCUCCCUCUCCAAGCAGAUUACAACUGACCAGUGCUGUCUGCAUGUGUAGGUGUGUGUGUGUGUACAUGUGUGUCUGUCGUCGGUUUUCACCCGCUGUCGGACGUACCUUGGCAAGAUUUGUGCACUACGACAUCCUACUCGGAGACCAAGACGAGUUGUUGACUGACAUUAGUGUACGUGCGCGCCGAUGACGGCUUUUUCUCUGUCGCAUCGGUUACCCCAAGUGACUGACAAGAAAACACUAUGUGCUGACAAGAAAGCGUAUGUGUGUUGUAUAAGGCAAACGUAUCAAGUGUAAGAAAGCAUUUAACAUACUUUGGAUUGCCAGGUAUAUGUUGUCCACAAAUCGGGGAUCACGCUGGCUAAGAGGCCUUUCGGCCUCAGUGUGACUCCAGAGGCAGGUUUGUGCUUGACUGUUCACACUAUUGGGCUAAUACUUAGUUCUUUGUGAAGCCAUGUCAGAGCAGCUGCGCUGCCAUGCUUUAGAAGAGCUUGAAGGCCCGUGUACUUUAAAAGCAUUUUUUGUCUGUGCAGUAUGUACAGAAUACACCUGGCACUUGGGCUUUCUUAUGAUUGAAAAGCUGCCAUCCCAUUUCCACAAAUGCAAGUCACUUAAGAGAAGAGUGGGUACAGUACAAGCUGUAGCAGUCGGAGAAAGUGUUGACUGUGACGGACAGGUGUGCAAAGCAAGUGGGGACAAGUGUUUUUUCCCACACUGUCGCCAUUCCCAUUCUUGUUUUUACACUUCCGACUGACUCCAACAGAAGAAUUCUUCUUUUUCUGGUGCAAAAACUUUUCGGCAGCAUUUUAAGUGCAGUGUAAUCAAGGCUAGUGUUCUUAUGUAGAUGCUGCUAUAGCGUCAUGGCACCCAAAGACAGCUUUGCACUUUUGUUGAUCAAUUGUGCAACAAAAUGGGCGAGAAAGACAGUAAUGUAUGUGUUAGUAUGUGUUGAUGCCUGUAAAAGCUUGUGACACCCUGUAUUCUUGAUAAAUAUGGUUUCUAAACCUUG